UAUCUUAAAAGGCAACUCAUCUCCAUUACAUUUUGCAAUUGGACCAAUAUAUGUUGACAUCAUGGCAAGACACAAGAUCCUAACCUUUGCUGUGCUGUAUUUCAUCCAGGCUUGGACUUUGGGUGUAGACUCCAAAAUGGUUCAUCUCCGUCAGCCUGGUCUCAAUUCUCGCAUACCCUUAGACUUGGUCUCUGACUCUGUUGACGACAUGUAUGAAGGCUGCAAUAAAAAAAUGGGCAGAAAGGUGAAGGAAUAUCUUCGAAAUGAAAUCAAUACAGGAGGGAUCUUCGAACAAGCCUGGGCAAACGCACAAAAUUGUGCCUCAAAAAAGUACAGAUCAAACAACAAUAAAAUAGACAAACUUAGUUACAAUCACAUCAAAGCUAUCUGUGCUUACACAGGAGGUCAACCUAAGAUAUACCCAGCGUUCAACCAAGCUGUCCGGACCAAUAGAGCAGAGUACACAACCUCCUUCCAGUUCCACUCCCUGCAUUUCCUGCUGACUGAUGCCAUUCGCAUCCUGAAACUAAAACAAAAGAACUGUCUCACCACAUACCGGAGAACCAACAUGGAGUUUGAUGGUAAAGUUAACAAAGUAAUCAGAUUCGGCUUCUUUGCCUCCAGCUCUCUCAACAAGGGAAUUAAUGAAAUAUUUGGAGAAAAGUCUUGCUUUGAGAUAACAACGUGUUUUGGCGCUGACCUGAAGUCCUUCCCAGUGUUGGGGGAUUAUGAAAAGGAGGUGUUGAUUCCACCGUAUGAAGAGUUCAGUGUUACUGAUGUGCUGAUGAAAGAAAAUGAUAGAAACCUUUGGUGUGAUGUUGUGUACAAACUAAAGAGUAUCAAAACACUGAGUAACCUGAAUUGCAAAAUUUUUAACAAAACAACAAUUCAUUAAGAAAAUCUGUGUUGAUCUUGAGUCAUUGUCCCUAAAGAGGAUUUAAAACUAACAGCUAUGCUGCUUAUCUUUCUUAAAGUAAAUGAAGCCAAAAAAUGUAUUUUCAGUGUCUAAAGCUUUUGUUUUAACUUUAAUUGGUUUAUUGGUGGAUGUUACAUAAAAACCCAAUCCUGACUGUCUGAAAUAGUGAAUAUUAAGAUUGUUGUAUUAACCUGUGUAUCAGACUCCAUAGGAGACUUUAAAACACUUAUAUGCCUUCUGCAGCUUGUGGCAAAACGAAUAAAGAAAAUCAUUGAUCUUG